AUGCUGUUGGAGUUGGAGGCUCAGUGGACAGACCUCCUGGCCACAAACAACAUCGUGAGCAUUAUUCACGGACUGCGCAAGAAUUCAGACAACGAUAACGCAGAUGUGGAUGAGACGCUGGUCACCUUUUCCUGCUGGCUCCAAAGGACGUCAGAGAUCACAAAGAAGGAGCUGCUGAGCCUGUGUCUGAGCCGCGGUCAGGGCCUGUGGAUGUUCUUCAACCGUUACUCCUGUCGCAGAGUCCGGUUCCUGCUGCAGAAGCUGAGGAACCUGCUCACUCUGGUGCACUGGGUCAGGAGGACGGCCCACUCUGCACGCUGUCAUGAGGGCAAAGACAUUCCCCUGAGCACCAGACGGAGCUGCUGGCCCAGAGAGCAGCGAGACCUGCAGAGGCACCUGUGGCUGGGCCGGCUGGUGGAGUGGUGGAGCCUCAUGGGACUCCUGCCCAAACGCCCGGAACCACAAGGAGAAAAGAAAAUCGCUCAAAUGUGGAAAGAAAUGAGGAGCAGUCUGGACACAUCUGGCAGAUUGAACGACUCUCUCAUCUUUGCCCUGAUGACCCAUCUCCAACCACACAGCUGCCCUUGGAGCCCUGAGAGCAGUGGGCAGCCGUGUUACCCUCCCCCCAGUCUGAAGGCCUUACUGAAGCUGCUGCUGCUGCCUCACGCCGACUCCCAGUCAGUCCAGGGCGUUUUUAUUUAUUUCAUCCUGGACAUUGCCAAGAUUUUACAGUGCAAAAAUGACCUCUACAAAUCCUUCUGUGACACCUUCUCCAUCCCGUCCAGUUUUUCUUCGCAAAUACGAGCGUUCUGGAUGCUGGAUCACGGCCAAGUCAAGACAGCUCUGGAGGUGUUGCUCAGUCCGCGGACAGCCCUGCCUCGCUGUUCGUGGCAGCACCGUUGCAUCAUAAAGUCUUUGCUGUGGAGGAAGGAGCAUCAGAUGGCGUUACGGUACAUGCAUCUGACCAACUGUGCUGCAGAGAGCGAAGAAGACGUGAAGCUCGGUACUGAUGUGUGGCUGCAGAAUAAUUGUGUGUCCGAAGCAUGGGCCUUGGUGAAGAGAAACCACACAGAGAAAGGGGAGACGCUGGAGCACUUCUCAAAGACCUGUAACGAGUGUGGUUUCAGCGCCGAGGCUUCUAAAUACAUCCCCUCAGGUUAUGAAGCCAAAAGUGAAAGUGACAAUGAAGUAGCGGCUUUGCAUUUAAAAGAGCCCGUCCCCUGCCCGCUGUCAGCUCUGGUGUAUCAGGCCCAGAGAGAAGGAGUGCUGUCCCCUGAACUUCUGCUGCAGCUGCUGACUCAGGCUGUGAGAGCACUGACACUGCCCUCUGUCUGCACACUCAGAGAGUUCACGUGGCCCCAGACUGAGCACACGGAGGCCAAGGCUGAGAGCAGCGAGGUGUUUCUGUCCAUUGAGGUGCCAUGUGUCCGCUCCCCCAGCCCGUCCAUACUGGAGCCCAGAUCUGAAGACUAUCAGGACCACCAGUCCUUCUGCACAUCCCCAUUGGGCCCCGCUCCAGGCCGGCGGCACGUGUCAUUCUCCUCGGUCUCUUCUCUGUCCCCUGUGAGAAAAGACCCGGCUUUUUCAUACGAGUCCACCGUCACACUACAACAGAUAUCUGCUCUUCUGAUCCACGACCCAGGAGAGGAAGAGGAUCUCAGCCAAGCCGCAGACGAGAGCCACGAGCGGCCACCAGAGGGCGCCGUAUUCACACCUCUGGAGCAGGUGUAUUCUCAACACAGGUUCUACAGCACGGACUGUGUGUCAGAUCUUCCCUCACUUCCAGAAGAGAUUAUUCAGACUCCAACCAAGUGUGAAAAACCCAAAGACAAUCCCUCAGGCAGAUUUCAAGAAAGCGAAGCAAGCCUUUGUGAGAGUGUGCAGCGAGAUGAGCUCCAGAAGUGUGAUGACGUGGAGCCACCAGCAGAGGGAGUGUCCAGUGGGGUCCUCCUUGACCACAGUGAAGCUGCUCACAUGCCUGAUGCUGCUCUCCCCAUCUCGACAGUCGGGCCGAGGGAGCUUCUGUCGUUCUCCCUGUUACCCUACAUGCCUCCCCCACACCACGAAGGAAAUCAGGGUAAACACAAAGAGCCCGGGGAAGGUCGGCACGCUGCGGGCAAGCUGUCUGUGCGGAAGAGUCGCAAAAGCAGACGAGGGAAAUGA